AUUAAAACAAAACUGAUCGACGACGACAACAACGAAGGGCUUGCGAAAUUUUCACACAACCACGGCACCCUCUCUUCCAUAAACCAUUUACCAUUUGCAGCCUUUGAGGUACAAACUCCACCAUGUCCGCCCCAACUGCGCUGUUGCGCAACCCAGAAGAAAUCGUAUUGGCUCCUGAAGCCAUCCCACUAAUUGAAGAUGAAGAACUCAUCCUCGACACCGAGAUGGACGUCGGCGGCGUCUCGCUCAUCGCCCCCCCAGCCAGGGACGAAAUGACCAUCGACGAAGAAGGCCGCCCACACUUCGCCCCCGCCCAAAACAGCGACGGCCCCGUGCGCAUCGACUCGCGCAAAGUCCCGAUCCCACCGCACCGUAUGUCCCCCCUCAAGAACGAAUGGCCCAAGAUCUACCCGCCGCUUGUGGAGCACCUCAAGCUGCAGGUGCGCAUGAACGUGCCGCGGAAGGCCGUCGAGCUGCGCACGUCCAAGUUCACUACCGAUACGGGGGCGCUGCAGAAGGGCGAGGAUUUUGUGAAGGCGUUCACGCUGGGCUUUGAUACCGAUGAUGCUAUUGCCCUGCUGCGGUUGGACGAUUUGUAUAUUGAGACGUUUGAGAUUAAGGAUGUGAAGACGCUGCAGGGUGAGCAUUUGGGCCGUGCGAUCGGUCGUAUUGCGGGCAAGGACGGGAAGACAAAGUUUGCAAUCGAGAAUGCGUCAAAGACGAGAGUGGUGUUGGCGGAUAGCAAGAUCCAUAUUCUGGGUGGAUUCAAGAAUAUCAGGAUUGCAAGAGAGGCGAUAGUGAGCUUGAUCUUGGGUUCGCCGCCUGGAAAGGUGUACGGGAACUUGAGGAAGGUUGCCUCGAGGAUGAAGGAGAGGUUCUAAGGGACUGAUUGUGGGGUGGAAGGGGUGGGGGAAGCACGUUGCAUAGAGAGGCGUUUGGAGUCAGAUACAGUUUAUGAAAAGGUGUGACGUUGUCGGGCGUUGAGCAAAACGAUAUGAAACUUUCAACGGUAUAUAGUCAAUG